AACACAACCACCCCCAACUCUCUCUCUCCUCUCUUUCUCUCUCUCUCUCUAGGUUUUAAUACUCAUAAUCAUUUGACAGAGAGAGUAAUCGAGUCGAUCCACCGAAUCGCAUCAAUUUCGUGAAAUCCUGUAUGCUUCUGGUGAACAAGGGCUCUUGAUUUUGAGGUUUAUUUGGUGUCAUUGACAAUCUGCUCCGGUCAUUGCCUCUUGCUUUUCGGUCUAUAAUCUUGUUUGGGAUUGAUGGCUACGAACGAGAAUCUUCCUCCAAAUGUAAUUAAACAACUUGCCAGGGAACUGAAAAAUCUUGAUGAAACACCACCAGAGGGAAUUAAAGUAGGAGUCAACGAUGAUGAUUUUUCAACAAUAUUUGCCGAUAUAGAAGGCCCAGCUGGCACUCCAUAUGAAAACGGCGUUUUUCGCAUGAAGUUGAUCCUGUCGCGUGACUUUCCCCACUCACCUCCUAAAGGGUAUUUUUUGACCAAGAUCUUCCACCCAAACAUCGCUACAAACGGUGAAAUAUGUGUCAACACAUUGAAAAGGGAUUGGAACCCUAGUCUUGGCUUACGUCAUGUUCUAAUUGUAGUUAGAUGCUUGCUGAUUGAGCCGUUUCCAGAAUCUGCAUUAAAUGAGCAGGCCGGCAAAUUGCUGCUCGAUAACUAUGAUGAGUAUGCUAGGCAUGCAAGGUUGUUUACUGGAAUUCAUGCUAUAAAGCCGAAACCAAAGUUUAAGACAGGGGUUAGAUCUGAAUCGACUGCUGCCGCCCUAAAUGUUGACCAGACACACGCCCCAGUUUGUAUUGUUGACCCGAAAACUGCUGUCUCUGGAGCAGUGGUGCAGCCGCCUACACCUUUGGCCCCUUCAUUGAACAAUAUGAAAGGGGCAAGUGGACAGGAACCGCCAAUCACCGCCCUGAACACAGUGGUUGAGAUCGGAGUUAGUAGCGGAUCUGCUGCUGCACCACCUGUGGUAGUAACCCAUAAGAAGGAAGGACUGGUGAAAGCACAAGCCGAUAAAAAGAAGAUUGAUGCUAGAAAGAAAAGCUUGAAAAGAUUGUAAUGGUCUUUUUUUCUGUAAUGUAUGAUUGAAUUUGUUGAAUGCAACUUGGGUUAUUUCUUUUAUCAAUACAUAAAUGUUCAAAAACAUC